AUGAUAUCGCCUCCAACCGAACCUGAGUUACCCUCCGUUGGCACUCAAUUUUGGAGCCACAAGCUGUAUCGCGGGCCCAACGAUCAAACAGUGAGGAUAUUAUAUAGUCGGACAAAGGCGGAGUCAGAGUCUAUAGCGCAGCAAUUCCUUGGGGAGAAGGUCGUUGGAUUCGACAUGGAGUGGCCAUGGCAGUCUGACUCUGAAAAGGGCACGCUCCCACUGCAAAAGAGGAUAGGUUUGAUCCAGAUAGCCUGCGAGGACAAGAUUGCUCUCUUCCACAUUGGUCUCCAUCCCGGCAAGACUUCGACAGACAUCUUGGCCCCUUCUCUGCAGAAGAUCAUCGAGUCGCCAGACAUCACCAAGACAGGGGUGGCUAUCCUGAAUGCAGAUUUCUCCAGACUUCGGAAGUGGUUCGGCCUCUCUCCUCGUGGUGCUUUUGAGCUGAGCCACCUCCAUAACCUGGUGGUGUAUGGGCCUACGGAGCCUCAGUCAGUCACGACGAGGAUGAGACGCCUGAGCCUGCAGGUGGAGUUGCACUUGGGCUCACCACUUCACAAGGGCAAGGUGCGGACGAGCAAUUGGAGCCGGCAGCUGAACCCUCAGCAGAUUGAGUACGCUGCAGCAGACGCAUACGCUGGCUUCAUGCUCUUCCACUGCAUGAACGCCAAGAGAACAUCCAUGGAUCCGAUGCCGCCAUUGCCUCUUCACGCAGAUAUAUACCAGCAGCUUGGAUAUGGCAUGGGCACUACAACACCAGUCCAACUUGGUCCGCAUGGCCAGGCUACAGCCAUUUCUUCUUUCCAAUUCUUCAGGACACCAGUGCAGGCCAAGCCAAAAUCACAACAAGCAAAUAGACCAUCUACACAGGUUGAGGAGAACAAGUCGGACGGCACAGAUCAUGACGGACCACCAGCCGCAGCCGCCGCUGUCGAGGUCUCGGAGCAGUUCGCGGAUACCAAAGCGCUUUUCGAACAACUUCGGAUGCACAGAAAAGAUACCGCAAAAGAGCGCAAGUGCUCGGCUUUCAUUGUAGCAUCCAAUGUGUUGUUGGACGCCAUCAGUCGGAAAUGUCCACGAAACACACAGGAACUCUUGCAGAUCAGCGGAAUCGGCAAGCGCAAGGCUGAAGACUUUGGCCCAGCUUGGCUGGAAAUCACCCGGGAGUUCCUCAAAACUAGGGCACCUGAUUUUCUUGCAGCAAGCGAAGCCCCCGUGCCCGAAGCAUCCGCUCUUGGUGGGACGAGCCCUCAAGAUCACAAGCCACUACCCACCAAUACGAUGCAAGACAUCGCAGGUGGCGCAACAUCGGCCCCGCCUGUGCUGCACACGGGCCUCUCAUUCACAUUGGAAGACACGACCUUAGCAGACAGCGCUGAGGUGCUGAAUCUCGUGGCUAGCCAACAUGAAGGAUCCGACGAUGACUCGGCCUUUGGGAGCCCAAUACGAUCACCGUCUCCAUCGUCUCUGAAACGCAAGAGAGAGAUGGUUGCCACGUCACUAUCAUCAACAAACCGCAACAUGCAAAACAUGCCUUGGGGUACCCAACCGGGACCUACAAUUCGGGAUAGCAACACUGAGCUGGUGGCGACAGCUCCCAGGCCGACGUCCCGGCCGACGCGUCCGGUCGAGAGACAAAUAUUCCGCAACAAGAUCGUGGCCUUCAACAAGCUCGUCACGCCAGCUGUGAUUCUAUCCGAGGAGACCAUCGACCAGAUUGUGGAGAAUCCACCAAGGACCGUGGAGGAGCUACUGCGAAUACCAGGCGUCAUGCCCUUCGCAAAUGUCUGUGCUAGAUCAAAGCGCAGCUUCUUGGAAUUCAUCAUCAAAGCCACGCCGGACCAGGUCCUUUCCGUCGCUUGA